UUAAAAUUCCAAUCCAAUCCGAACCAUAAGUUUCAUAAUCCAAAUCAAAUAUCAAAUUCAAAUCGAAUUUUCAUAUUUUCGAAUUUCAGAUAUUUUGAUAUAAUAGCAUGAGCAAGAAGAUUUAAAAAAUUAUUAAGUGAAAGUAGACAUGCCUUUUUUGUACAUGAAAAUAUAUUUUGAAAAUCUAGAAAAUAAUUAUGGAUAUGCACUGAUUGAUACACAGGUUUCGGUUUGGCACGCAAUGUUCAUUGCUUUAAAUUGCCAGAUAAUUUCUUCCAGCCAUAGGAAUCUUAAUCGGUGCAGUUGAUUUCACGAGAGAGAGGCGUCUCAAAGCGACGUCGGCAGCCGUCGUUGCGGGAUUUUGGAGCUCUGAAAUAGUUGAGACGAGGUUGUGUUGUUUCUGUGAUUAUUGAGGAUUAGAAUUAAAAAAUUUACAAGGUCGAUUGAGUUGAUGGGGAACAGAAGCUCUGGUUCUGGGAAUCGGGGUGGUUGGGGACAAUCUUCAAUGACUCCUCAGAAUCACCCUGUGCAGCAUCGGUCACCACAUCAAAGCUACGCUCCUCAAGGUCAAAAUGGGGCUCCAUCUCAGUCACGACCGGAGAAGAGGCUCGAUAGGAGGUUUUCGAGGAUCGCGGACAAUUAUAAGUCGUUGGAGGAGGUUACUGAAGCUCUAGCACAUGAGGGUCUUGAGUCUUCCAACCUUAUUGUUGGAAUUGAUUUCACUAAGAGCAAUGAGUGGACAGGCAGGAAGUCAUAUAAUGGCCGAAGCUUACAUCAUAUUGGCGACAGUUUGAAUCCCUAUGAGCAAGCGAUAUCAAUUAUUGGGAAAACCUUGGUGGCUUUUGAUGACGAUAACAUGAUUCCGUGUUUUGGAUUUGGAGAUGCAUCAACUCAUGAUCAGCAUGUAUUUAGUUUCCAUCAUGAUGGAAGAUUCUGCAAUGGAUUUGAGGAAGUCUUGAGUUUAUACAGAGAAAUUGUUCCUACUUUGAGACUUGCAGGUCCGACAUCUUUUGCGCCAGUAAUUGAAAUGGCUACAACUAUUGUUGAGGAGAGUGGAGGCCAGUAUCAUGUUCUACUGAUCAUCGCAGAUGGACAGGUUACCAGAAGCAUUGAUACUCAGAGUGGGGGUUUAAGUCCACAAGAGCAUCAAACUGUUAAUGCAAUUGUUAAAGCUAGCAAGGUUCCUCUAUCUAUUAUUUUGGUUGGGGUUGGAGAUGGCCCCUGGGACAUGAUGAGGAAAUUUGAUGACAACAUUCCUGCUCGGGAUUUUGACAAUUUCCAGUUUGUCAAUUUCACCGAAAUCAUGUCAAAAAGUGCACAGCAAUCCCAGAAGGAGACAGAAUUCGCUCUUUCAGCACUGAUGGAACUUCCAACUCAAUAUAAAGCAACAAUGGAGCUUAGUUUAUUAGGCCGAAGGAAUGGGAAUGUGCCCCAACGGGUUGCCCGUCCUCCUCCUGCCUGUGGUGCUGCUUUUCGUUCGGUCUCAAAGGCAAUGAGCUCUCAACAUAGCUCAAGUUCAUACGUUGCUCACAAUGUUGCUGCAGAUACUACAUCUCCUUCUCCUGAUACUGCCACAACCUCUCUUGAUGAAAACCAGACAUGUCCGAUUUGCCUUACUAACCCGAAAGACAUGGCCUUUGGUUGUGGUCACCAGACGUGCCGUGAUUGUGGCCAACCUCUUAAACUAUGCCCCAUCUGCCGCAGUAAAAUCACGACCAGAAUCAAGCUCUACUGAAGUUGAUUUACACCGUUGCUCGUUUAUCGACUCCAUAGCAUUGAAUUUCUUCAGUUUCUUGAUGCAAGGUAGCUAGUUUGUUCAUGUGUUUUUGUGCAUAUAUUGUGGUUGCCAUAUCAUAUCUUUAUUCUUUUGCCUAGUAGUAUUUCAUAUAUAGAGAGAUUGGUGAGAUCUAGCUUGAACCUAUAGCAUUGGGUUAGGAGUUCAAUUACCUUGAUUUUUUCAGAAUUUAUUUUUUAAUUUAUUGUUGAUAAAAGCUUUGUUUUGUUCUUGGAAACUCUUUUGGAAAUUAGAGUUUUCAUGAUUAAAUUGAUUGAAAGAGAAAAGGACUAUUA